CUCAACCUGAUAAUUCCUGUUUUGUAUUAAAUCAGAACAAAUUCAAAACACCCAGCAAGACUGAGAGGAAAACAAGAUGGAGACUCUGGAGUGGUCUAGACAAAGUCUGACAGGAACUGACUGUGCAUGUGGUUCAAAGAGGAAAACCUCAGUGUGGCUGAGUAAGAACAGUUCUGCAGAGCAAACGCUACAAGAGGCGGUGAAAAGCAACCGGAGUGUUUUUGGGAAGAUGAUGGAUCGUGUUUGGGUGAGGAAAACUCCAGGCGUCUCCCGGAAAACAGCAGCGACCUCGGCUAAACCGGCUCAGCCUCCGGGUCCGUGUCCCGACACACCUCCGUCUCUGGUGGGUCCGCUUCUGGUGGAGUUUGAAACUGAACGCAGUCUGGACCGGGUCAGGGAGCAGCUGGGCUCGGUGCUGCAGCAGGGAGGCCGGUUCAAACCCCCGGACUGCACCGCAAGGCAAAAGGUGGUUGUCAUCAUCCCGUUCAGAAACCGGUAUGAACAUCUGACCCACUGGCUCUUCUACCUCCAUCCGGUCCUGAUGCGUCAGCAGCUGGACUACGGUGUGUACGUCAUCAACCAGGACGGAGACGGGACGUUCAACCGGGCCAAGCUGAUGAACAUCGGAUUUGUUGAAGCACUGAUCGAAUACGAUUACGACUGUUUUGUGUUUUCCGAUGUCGACCUGAUACCUCUGGACGACAGAAACCUCUACAGAUGUUCUGACCAUCCCAGACAUUUGUCUGUGGCGAUAGAUAAAUUUAACUACAUAUUAUCCUCACAAACAGCCUUUGGCGGCGUCUCCCUGCUGACGAAGGAGCAGUUCCUGAAAGUCAACGGUUUCUCAAACACUUUCUGGGGCUGGGGCGGCGAGGAUGACGACCUGUACAACAGAAUCACGGUCAGAGGAAUGUCCAUAACUCGGCCGGACGCUCGGAUUGCAAGAUACAAAAUGAUCAAACAUGGAAGAGACUUGCACAACGAGGUGAAUCCAGAAAACGCCAUCAAAAUGCAAAAAACGGCAGAGAAUAUUGACACUGAUGGACUAAAUUCACUCAACUUUACUGUCAACGAGGUUCUGAAGGACGUCUUGUACACUUUCGUCUCUGUGGACCUUCAGGCUCCAUCACAGUGAUUUAAACACUGCUGGCAGUUAUGGCUUUGUGUGUGUUUUCUUAAACAUGGGUUUAUUAUCUUGGAAAAUAACAAUCAUGAUAUGAAAGUGUGAGGCUGCAAAAGUUGAAUGUAUGAACUUUAGUUACCAGGAAGCACAGAGACUUUUUUACCCAACUAAUUUUCUCAGCCAACAAGAAAUCGUUUGUCUUGCUGGUAUCCGGCAGUAACACACUAAUUUAUUCAUAAAUACGAUACAGCAGAACAAUGGUAUGUGAGAAUAAAGAGACAAUUUAAAUGCACAAAUAA